UUUUUGACCAAGUGUAAAUUAGAGUUUAAUAUUAAAUAGUUAUUAAAAUUGUAGAGACGUGAGGCGGAUUAGUGUAAUUUAUUAUUAUAACAAGAAGUAAUUUUCAACGUUCGAUUCUGAAUAUCUACGGUUACAAAAGGUAAACCUCACGCUAAAGCUGUGCUCUUCCCCACAGGAUAAUUCUCCCACUACCCUUCUCGAGAAACUCAAAUAAAUUGAAUUCCGGAAAAAUGUAACCAAUUCAAACGACGCAGCGAAAUUUGGUCGCCUUGUUGCUUUUACUCCCAUCUAGCCCGCCGACUACCUAACGGUUCGCCGUCGUUCCGAAGCGGCGCCGCUUGUCCGUGUGGCCGCAGUACUUUCGCAUUAGUAAUCGCUACACCUCUUCGCUGCCCUCAACCAACGGUUAUUUCCUAAUCUUCUCCCGUGGAGUAUUGCGUUUGUACAGGGUGUCAAAAUGAUCGGAUCUUUUUUCACUAGGGGACUUGUUUUGAUUUUUGGUUAUGCAUAUCCAGCAUACGAAUGCUAUAAAUCCGUUGAACUGAAUAAGCCCGACAUUGAGCUACUUCGGUUUUGGUGCCAAUACUGGAUCUUAGUCGCUAUGUUGACGGUUUGUGAAAGGAUUGGUGAUAUGUGUAUUGGCUGGAUUCCAAUGUACGGUGAAGCUAAGUUGGCCUUCUUUAUAUACUUAUGGUUCCCUAAAACUAAGGGAACGGCAUAUGUUUACGACUCCUUCUUUAGGCCCUAUGUUGCAAAGCAUGAGCCAGAAAUUGACCGUAAUUUGUUGGAACUGAGAACAAGAGCUGCAGACAUAGCACUCUUGUACUGGCAAAAGUCUGCAAGCUAUGUCCAGACUAGGUUUUUUGACAUUUUGCAGUAUGUUGCUUCACAAUCAAUUCCCAAACCCAAACCACCAACUCAGCCACAAAAUCAAAGCACUAAGGUCAAGAAACCCGCAGCACCAUCAAAUCCUAUACCAGCUGCUGCCAUGGUGCAGCCACAGGAUGAAGAACCCUCUUCGUCUUCUUCUUCUUCCAGUACAUCUUCAAGCGAACACCAAGAAGAUGCAACAUCAGACGAAGCAGACACUUCAGCCGAUUCUAAAGCAGCAGCUACUUCUCCAGCAGUUCAGAAAGAACCAAAAAUAACAAUAAAACAAGCACUUCUUGAGAACACCAAAGCGUCGAAUUCUACUCAAGAGCAGCAGAUUGAUUCUGCAAACGAGACUGCUCCACAGGAUACCGUCAUGGAAGAAUCCGGAAGACUGACUAGAGCUAGGUCUAGGAAAACACGAGCUGCAUCUAUUCGCUGAGAGUUUGUGUUCCCACGUGCAUUUUUUACGCAGUGGGUGAAAUCGACAAAGUUCUAGACUAUACUACUGAUGCUACUUACUAUACAGUGAUUUUCUUCUUGCUAACAAAUAUUGAUUCCGAUUUUAUUGUUCUUAAUUGUUCUAGAAACACACUUGGGCACUUGUUUGAUGUGGUAUGUGAAAAUUGCGAUAACUGCACAGGAAAUUUGCAACUUGAAUGAUUUUUCUAUUUCUUUCAAUUUUCGAUGUUUUGUCA